AAGUUCAUCGUCGUCAACCCAGUAAUGAGCUGUAUUUCUGAGCCAUUCCCACGCAGAAAAUCAGAGGGGGAAAGGACGUAAACAGAAUUCAUUUUCUCCACCCAGAAUCUAGUUCCAGAAACCUCAAGAAGAGAUAAAUCGGAGUUACGCAAAUGUACCAGCCUGUGGGGUCAGCCACAACCCGAGGUGGAUUGCCGACUGAUAAUGGGGAUUCCAUUGUGAUUUUAGAUCAGAUUCCACGAUGGGGUGAUGCCGAGCAUAGGCCUUCCUUGGAGUAUGACAAUGGAGAUCCAUCGUAUUCUUGCUCAAAUUUUCCUGACCCGUUAACGUUUACAUCAGGAACACAGGGGGGUGGCUUUGGGUCAGUGGCAAGGUUUCCGGUUGACCAUGAAAUUAAUUCAAAGAUUUAUUUGUGGAGGGGGGAUCCCUGGAAUCUCGCAGUGGAUGCUGUAGUAAAUUCGACAAAUGAGAACUUGGAUGAAGCACAUAGCAGCCCUGGGUUGCAUGCUGCAGCUGGACCUGGUCUUGCAGAAGAAUGUAUGACACUGGGUGGAUGUCGAACAGGAAUGGCUAAAGUUACUAGUGCAUAUGACCUCCCCGCAAGGAGAGUCAUACAUACUGUUGGUCCUAAGUAUGCUGUGAAGUACCAUACUGCUGCAGAAAAUGCUUUAAGUCAUUGCUAUCGUUCGUGCCUGGAGCUUCUGAUUGAAAAUGGUCUUUGCAGCAUAGCUACGAGUUGUAUUUAUACGGAGGCAAAGAAUUAUCCCCGUGAACCAGCUGCGCAUGUGGCUAUUAGGACUGUGCGAAGGUUUCUUGAGAAGCAUAAAGCCAACAUAACAGCUGUUGUCUUUUGCACUAUCAGCACAACUGAUACUGAGAUAUAUAAAAGGUUGCUUCCGCUUUACUUUCCUCGUGAUAACCAUGAGGAGGAGGUGGCUUCAACAAAGCUUCCUGCAGAUGUUGGAGAUGAGAAUGGUGAGACUGCCAUUGACGAGCGUAAAAUCAGAAUUAAGCCUUUGCCUAAACAGAAUGUUGUAAAAUCUCCUGAAGCUUCAGUUGAUGUUCUGAUCGGUGAUGUUGGCUCGAUACGCAGGACUUCGUCAUCAUUAGGUUUGUUUCUGGACCCUGCUUUCAUGUCCAUAGUAAAAGAUCCAGAUCAAAGACGUCAGGAGCAGUGGGAGAAAGCUGCUGAAGCACAAAGAGGCUGGAAUUUAGCUAAAAUGCUAGGAUUUGGUGCUCUUGUCACGCCUCCAUUAUCUGCUGCUGAAGAAUAUUCUCUUCACUCUAGAUACCUUGCUAAAGCGAAUUCUCUAAGUCUUUCCGAAAUUGCAGAUAUGAAAAUUGUUUAUCGUGGUGGAGUAGACAACGAAGGUCGUCCUGUUAUGGUUGUUGUGGGGGCACACUUUUUGCUCAGAUGUCUUGAUCUGGAGCGAUUUGUGCUCUACGUGGUAAAGGAGUUCGAGCCUUUAAUACAGAAGCCUUAUACGAUUGUUUACUUCCACUCUGCUGCAUCUCUGCAGAUGCAACCAGACCUGGGUUGGAUGAAAAGAUUACAGCAGAUACUUGGUCAGAAGCACCGGCGAAACCUGCAUGCAAUUUAUGUGCUUCACCCAACCUUUGGACUAAAAACGGCAAUAUUAACGCUUCAGUGGCUUGUGGACAAUGUGGUUUGGAAGAAAGUGGUGUAUGCUGAUCGACUUCUGCAACUCUUUAGAUAUAUACCUCGUGAGCAGUUGACCAUCCCAGAUUUUGUGUUUCAGCAUGACUUGGAAGUCAAUGGAGGAAAGGGUGUUCGUGCGGAUCACAGAACAAAAUAUGUAUAUUAAUCAAAGAUCUUGAGCUUUAUAUGGAAUUCUACCAUCUGUUGGUUCAAGAGCAUCAAUGGCUUUAGUUUCUCCAUUAUUUUUCCCCCAUUCUCACCGGUUAGUAGAUAAGGGCCUGUAUGUGUUUGAAAUGUAGUGUGUAAGAAUCUUUCUUCUCUCUGCGCUAUUUUUUGGUCUUUGAUCUAUUAAGCAUUGAUUUGUUUCUCUGUAGGUGAAAUAAAAUUCUUUUUCCUUUGUGAUCUCUUUAUUGAGUUGUCAGCAAAAUUUAAUGUCGUUUUGGUCACUGUUGAAUCUAGACGGUUGCCUUUGUACAGUGGCUUGUAGAUGGUAGACGAGAAGAUUUGAAUCAAACUAGUUUAAAGAUUUUUCAUGUAUAUUUCCUUCCAUCUUCAAUUGCACGAGUUUUUGUGUCCA